AUGCUGCCGGAUCCAGAAGUCACGGUGCUAGGGGAUGAUCCAGCCCAUCGGAAUCAUGCCAUAAAUGGAUACGCAUUCCAGCAGGAUGCCAUCACGUCCUUUAUUGGCUGGCACCUACGAUACCGAUACUCGAUACGUGGCGUCGCCCAAGACCCCGCGGCAUUCGAGUGGUCCCCAUCACUCUUCACACCAACCCUUGACUAUCUGCCCGGCCUCCCUAGCACCCACAAGCACUUCGGCUAUGUGACCUACCCACGCCUUGGCGCCCUGGGCGACAGCACCAUGUUCAUGUCCCUACGCGAUGGUAAAGCCGGCCUCGGUUCCGACCAUCUCUAUCUGUACCGUUCCUCGACCGGCUUCUGGGAGUUUGUCGGCACGCCGUUGACAGGCGUGCAGAGCAACCCAUACGUCCACGGGUGGGAUUUUAGGGAUGGCAGGCUGCAUGUGACGUGGGUGUACCGGGGCUUCGUGCACUACGAAGGCUGGGACGACCCCAAUGAUACCAAGCAUAAACAGCAGGCCGGGCCGAAUGGGGCAGAGAAUAAUCAUAACAUCUGCUAUGCUUAUUCCGAGGAUCUGGGGUAUACGUGGAAGAACGGCCAGGGAAGUGUGAUUGCUGACCUAAGGAAGGGGGAGACCAUCGAUAACUCAUCCGAAGGGAUCGUGGCUUUUGAGAUUCCCAAGGGCAGCGGGUUGAUGAAUCAGGAGGCGCAGGCGGUAGACCAGGACGGUGGAGUCCACAUCUUGAAUCGCGACACGUUGGACGGCAUCAACGUCUUCGUAGCUGCGCAUGUGGGCGAUUACAUCGACAUAAUGGUGCUUGGUAGCGUUUGGGUUCCAAUGUGA